AUGAAAGGGGAUCAAAAUUUUACUGAAAUUUGUUCGAACGACGCGGUUCCCGAUGUCGUUGCCGGCUGCAAAAAGAAGCCCGCGGAGACAAGUGUUACAGCGGCGCAGCUAAGGGAACAGGCUGAUAUCACCGACCUAAUUGGACACGUAGGUUCGUGGCAUUAUAUUAUGUUAGCGGUGAUCUUCAUCAACUCGCUGUUUAAUGCAUAUGGCCAAUUAGCCAUGGCCUUUAUGAUGCCCCCCAAUGUUGAAUUUCACUGCAGACGAACGGAGGAAGCCAUCCGAAGAAAUAUGACAGAGGAGCAAUGGCGCGAAUUUACCCAUAACGAUUCUUUAAAGACCGGGUCGGGUUAUUGCACCCGACACUUCUUUGAUCACGAGACGCUUACAGCACACGAGAAGGUAAUCGCAUGUCACAGCUGGGAAUUUAGUCACUCUGUACACCAUUCAACAAUACUCGAGGAGUGGGACCUCGUUUGCGACAAUGACUACCUCAAGCCGUUCCCGCAGUCACUCUCCAUGGCCGGCCUAAUUAUCGGUAACGUAGUGUUCAGCCACUUCUCUGAUCACUACGGACGUCGUCCUGCGGUCUUCGCAGGAAUGCUGAUUUGUGCAGUUUCCGGUGUGAUGGCAACAGUAACAAGCAAUUUCAUUGUAUUCAAUGUCGGCCGGUUUUUUUCGUCAGUAUCAAAAAUCGGCAUUCAGGCUUCUAUUGUCAUCUAUCUGGAAAGCAUCGAUCCUCACUACCGGUAUCUCUUUUCGCUACUAAAUGGAUUCGGGUUCCAUUUGGGAAUGAUGUUUGUAGCGUUAACCGCUUUCUUCGGCGACAGUUGGCGGUACCUCCAGGGCCUUAUCAGCGGACCAGCAGUCGCCAUUCUACCAUUUCUCUUCUUCGUUUAUGAAUCGCCUCGAUGGCUACAUUCGCAGCGAUGUCCCGAUGAAGCGGACGCGGUUCUCCGUAACAUCUGCGACUGGAACAAAGUUCCGGCCGAACGCGUCGACGAACUCUUGCCUAAGAUUAGGACUAAAUAUGUCCAUCUAAAGCAGGGCAAGUCCAAGAACGCGCUCGAUCUGUUUCGUGAUAGCAAUGGUGCAAAUACAACACGUAAUACGCUACUCAUAUGGUAUCUGUGCUUUACGUCCGGCAUACUGUUCUAUGCAUCAACGUUCACGUCGACCGAACUCGAGAUCGGGCUUGGACCGCACGUCUCGUUUUGUCUGCCGAUCGGUGCCGAGUUGGUCGCCAUCUUGCUUGUGUCGUUGGGUGUACGAUAUAUUCGCCGAAAAGCGAUUAUCUUCACAACAAGUUUGCUCGGCGCUCUCGGUUUCUACCUGAUGGGCUUUGGCGAGAAUCUCGGCGUACCUUGGAUCAUCGAUCUAACUGCUGUCAUCAUGAUCCGUGCUAGUUCUGCGGCGUUCACCCAAAUCUAUCCAGUGUACAGUGCCGAACUCUAUCCUACACCGUUGCGUAAUGUCGGUAUUGGCUUCUGUGAUUUGAUGUAUCGACUGGCCUCAACGAUCGAUCCUUUCGGGAGAUAUUGGUUGCCGAGGCUGCACACGCAAUUACUGCCAGGGCUUUAUGGUACCAUGAGUCUAGUAGCGUGUGUGUUUUGCCUCUUUCUGCCAGAAACCCUAAAUAAGGCCUUGGACGAUGGAGUGUUUGCUCGUUUUUCCAGGACCGUGUCCUCCUUCCGCGAGAGCAUACGUCGCUCUUCGAAAACGUCCACGGGGAACGAUCGGCGAGCGCCAGAUGAUGUUUGAAUCACCUCUUCUUGAGCGUUGGUUCGUGCGAAGAGGGAAAGGGACGUAAUUCGCAGGGUCGGUUCAACCUGUGUGGCGGACAAGUCUAGCCUUUUCGUAAACAGUGGCCGUCUUUAUUUAACGCAAUCAAAAUUUCCUUGUAAAGAAAAUUAUAACUCAACGUAUUUUAUGAAAUAUUAAUUGAUACAGUAUAGAAGGGAACAAACAAAUGUCAAGUUACAAAGUAGUGGGACACUAUCUGAUAGAUUUUAUGUAGUAGGCUUCUCAAAACUAAUGCCACUCAGAUCGCUUGCAGGGCAAUUUAUUUUUACUGCUAUCUUUUCUUAACCAGCAUUAAUUCUUAAAGUGAAUAAUAUUUUCAGAUAGAUAUUCUUAGUAUAUAUACCCUUCACUUAACAAGUGCAGAUUGAAAAUGGAUUUAUAGUGUUUUAUAAACACUGCAAAUUGUACGCAGACAUGCGCGAUCCGCAAGGACGAGAAAAAUAUAGAAGAUAAUGCCGUUGAUCGAGAAUCCGGAAUCAGCAUUUGCUUGAGAGAUUCGUUAACUAGAAGUACCUAAUUAGUCUUUUCCAACUACCGAAAUUUUGUUUUUAAAAGAAAGUAAAUUUAUAUCUCUUUGCCUGCAAUAAUGAUCAUUCCGUUUAAAAACAAAUCAGCCUAAAUCAAUGACUGCAAAUGAACUCGAAGAGAGUAUAGUGAUUUGCCUAUGAUUAUUUUUCACUAGAUUUUUCUAUAAGACAGGCUAUAUAUUGGCAAUUUCUAGCCCGUUUAAUGAGCAGUUUUUAUUAGUACUGAAAAUAAGACGUCCUAACGAGACGUUAGUAGCUAAAUUAAAGCAUAGCUUGUGCACAACCUUUUCGAUAUAUGUGACGUCGACCUUUAGAGGUCUCUAAUGUGGCAUCUAAACAAGCAGGGAUCAUUAUCUUCAUUUAGUGCGAUCACGCUGUACUGUAGUGAAUGGAGUGGCCAAACCAAUGGGUGGGUACGGUUUCAAUUCUAGCCGAAGCCCAGAUUUUUGCGGUCUAAACCUACGUCCAGAUCAAUGGCGGUAAUUAUACCGAUUAAAUGAAACGAAUGACUGAACUCCAUUUUCGUAUUGUCCGAUGCUAUAACUAUCUGAGUCUGAGAGACACAGAAGGAGAAGCAGAUACAUGCUAUCGAUCAUACAUUUCCGUUUAGCGUGGAAUAGCACAAUAGAAAAUUGUAGGGAGAUGAAUAUACAGUUUUCGGUAUGUCCUUGUAAACAUUACGUUCGCCAGUUUUUCGCAAACGGUAGGCCCACAACAAACGUGGCGUUAAAAACAUCCAACAUAGAAAGGUCUAAACGGUUCGAAAGGAAUACAUUUACCGGUUUCUUAGAAGCGCGAAACAUCACAUGUCCAUGGCUUCGUCAAGCUUAUUUAAAACGGUCGCACCUUUACUACAGGUCGUCUGCGUCACACACAGUCAACGUAACGUAAUCGCUAAUAAGCAACGGAGUUUUGUUGCAUUAUUAUAUAGAAGAUGACCCUGUCGUUAGCUUUUAUUAUUAAGCAGAUAUCUUAACAAGCAAAUGCACACGAUGCCCAAAGAAAACAUUAUCUUAUUUAAAUAAGUAUAGAAAGCUUCAAUUUAUAUACCUAACGCCAAGUGACAUAGCACUAGCUGUAUGCGAUCUACGUAGAUACAGAUGUUAUUACUGCUACCAUGUACUCAGCUAAAAAAAAUUGCUUAAAGGCACCACUAAGUGCAUAAAAACUAAUGGCAAUGGUGUUAUAUCUAUGUAUUUAUGUCGAUGGACGAAUUAGGCUUUUGGUGGAUAAAGACAAGGAGUCGCUGCUUCGCGUCUCAGUCAAAGAAAGUAAUAUUAUGUCCAUGUAUUUACAUCUGCAAAACUAUUCCUCCGACCGUUGUUUUUUUGCUUUGCAGUAAGGGAAUGAAUGAAAGAAAGGAAUAGAGCAAUGACUGAUUAAUAAUAUCGUUGCAGAGCUUUCUGUAUCAGAACAAGCUAUAGAUUUACUGCUUAAGACUGUUAUUAGAAAAGUGGUUAAUUAAUUCUGUUGCUGUUAAUAAAAAGUAAAAUAUUGUAACAUUUGCUGUUGGUUCAUCCAUUAUGGACAUUAAUAGUCAACGUGUUGGCCACGAAGACUACAGAGAUAUAUUGUGCAAUGUUAUGUACAAGAUAGGUAUCAGGUAUUUUGUUACUAUAGCAGUGCUGUUCUUCAAAAUAUUAUAUAUAAACAAUACGUAGAAAGGUAUUUAUAGAAUAAAGUCUAAGAGCGAUAUAAAAAGAAUAAACUGUCAAAUUAAUACCAACUUACUUCAUUGAGCAUCUUUUGGAAACGUCUCUCCAUUUAACCUUCACAGCUUUCAUAGCUGCUUUCUUUUACGCACUGCAAAACGUACUGAUUGAUUACUCGUGGAGUUCCCAUAGGCAAACAUUUCCGAUUGCAGGCGUUCCUGCAAAUGACUGAACUUAUUA